ACCUGAUCGCCGUUUCGAGGAAAAGCAUCCCGUUAUGAAAAGUUAAUUUGUCUCAUAUGUUUCUCUCUCUCCCCAAAAAAGUAAUCUCUUUCUCUCUCUUCAACUUUGUUGUCUUUCUCUCUCUUUGACGAAAUUCUCUUUCUUCAACUUGUUCGUCUCUCUAUCUUUCCCAUAAUUUCUGAGCUCCUCUCCUCUCCAUUUAUUCUACGUAACUGAGGUUAGAUAAUCAGACAUAGUUGUUGCAAGUUGAAGGUAGUGAAGUGGUAGAAAGUAUUUGAAAUUGGUGAAGGUUUGUUCAAAGGAAAGGGCGGUGCGGGGCGAUUCAUUUGACCAAUUGUAUACAUACUCCCUCCAUUGUUGAAUUAGGGUAUUAAAACAGAAGGACAUAGAGUUAUGGCUGACGGUGUAGUCUUAAGGACACAUUUUGAGAACAUUGGGAAGCAGCCCAAUGUUGUAUGCAGAGUGGAAAAGUUUUGUGUUCUUCUGAAGAAGUUUGAUCGUAUGAGGCGGGAGUUGGUGAAUAGUAUGGGUUUUGGGGGGUUGUUGAAUUUGGAUAUGAAGAAUAUCCCGAGGCAGUUAUUUUACUGGCUGAUGAGUAAAGUGUUUGCUGAUGAGACAAUGAUAUUUGGAGAUGGAGCAAUUCUUCCUUUGGGGCCAAAUCAAGUAAGGUCCAUUCUUGGUACUCCAAUGGGAACUAAGGAAGUUCCUCUAGUUCUCGGGGAUGACGAAGAGGAUACCCAGAAGAUUAUGAGGGUAUUUAAACAAUAUGGUGUUAGGUCGAAAGAGAAAACGGUGACCCUAAAUCUAGCAGUUGCAGCCAUGUGCCCUGAACUGGAAGAUGGUUCUCUUGUCGAGCUUGAGACUGAAGUUGAUAAAGAGGACUUUAUGAUUGCUUUUUAAUUGUUUCCCUAGGGAUGGUAGUCUGCAUGACGACAAACAGUUCGAAUUUGGCUACAUCCUUAUUGCUGACAUUAACAGUGGCAUGUGAAGCUGUAGAGUAUGAUUGGUGCAAGUUCACAAUUGAUUGGGUGCGCGACUGUGCUAAUCGAUUUCAGACAAAGUUUCAGAAAAAUGGUUAUCAGUGCAGAUGUGGUAGGAGCAUUGUGUUUG